CAAGAAGCAGAAUCUUCUCCUCCCUCCCCUCAUUGCCUAAAAAAAAAAAAAAAAGACAGAAUCUUCUCCUCUUCUUUUCUUCUUCCACCAACCUGCAAAUGGCGGCUAAGCUGAUGCGUGCAGUUCGGUACGAUCGUUAUGGAGGAGGAACCAAGGAUCUCAAACAUGUUGAAGUUCCAAUUCCCACUCCAAAAAAGAAUGAGAUUUUGCUAAAAGUAGAAGCAAUUAGUCUAAAUCCAGCUGACUGGAAGAUGCAGCAAGGAGCCUUGCGACCGCUUUGUCCCCGCAAAUUCCCCCAUAUACCUGGUAUGGAUGUGGCAGGAGAAGUCAUAGAGGUUGGGUCAAGUGUAAAGGAUUUUAAAGCUGGUGACAAAGCUGUGACUUAUCUUGGCCUUAGAAUUGGAGGUGGACUAGCUGAGUAUGUUGUGGCCGAGGAGAGUAUGACAGUUGCGAGGCCUCCGGAAGUUUCAGCUGCUGAUGCUGCUGGCCUACCCAUUGCUGCUAUCACUGCUUAUGAAGCUCUCGUUGAUUCUUCUGGGAUCAAGCUUGAUGGAAGCGGUAAGCUAGUAAACGUUCUUGUCACUGCUGCCUCAGGAGGGGUGGGUCACUAUGCUGUUCAACUAGCUAAACUUGGAAAUGCACAUGUAACUGCCACUUGCGGUGCUCGUAACCUUGACUUUGUCAGGAGUCUGGGGGCAGAUGAGGUUAUUGACUACAAAACUACUGAUAAAGCAGCUCUGAAAAGCCCUUCUGGUGUGAAAUACGACAUUGUAAUCCACUGCACUACAGGCAUUCCAUGGUCAACCUUUGAGCCAAAUCUUAGUGCAAAGGGGAAAGUAAUCGACAUUUCUCCCACCUUUAUUGCCUAUCUGAUUUAUAUUAAAGCAAAAUUACUUACCUUCUCUAAGAAGCAGUUGGUGCCAAUGAUCGCACACUCCAAGCGUGAGAACCUCGAUUUUCUUGUUAAUUUGGUAAAGGAAGGAAAGCUUAAGACAGUGAUUGACUCGAAAUACCCUCUGAGCAAGGCCGAAGAUGCUUGGGAUAAGAGUAUUGAAGGCCAUGCUACCGGGAAGAUUAUUGUGGAGCCAUAGCUAAGCUACAGUUUCAUUUCCAUGUUUUAGUGAGUGGGUUUGCCUUCUAUCAUUUUUUCAUUUGAUGUUGUGCUUGGUGUUGUGCAUUAGUGUUUUUCUUGGUAAGUUUGUAAUUUGGAUUGAUUAAAUAUAAUAUAAUAUAUGUUACUAU